AUGACUGACUCCAGCCGCAAGAGCGUGGGCGACAAGGUCCAGGACUCCGUGACCCCAAACAGCCAGAAGAGCACCGUCGACAAGGUCUCUGACUCUGUCACCGGCACUGCCGACAAGGCUCAGCGGUAUGUUCCAUCAUCUCCCUCUUCCGCAUGCCAGCAGAAAUUGACAUCUACGGCAGCGACGUGGUCCCAGACAGCCACAAGUCGACCAGCCAGUCCGUGCAGGACAAGGCCUCCCGUGAGAAGGACUCUCAUUCCGACGAUUCUGUCCUGGACAAGACCAAGCACGCCCUCGGCAUGGACAAGAAAUAG